AUGGAGCUGCGGUCCCCGGUAUUCCUGGUCCUCGUCGCCUGCUGCUUUGCCGUCCUGCAGACGGGCGGCCGCGCGCAGGAGCGGAGCGCCGGGCACGCCGAGGAGCGGCUCUUCAAGCACCUCUUCACCGGCUACAACCGAUCCUCUUGGAGCAUCCCAGAUCCUUCCUCAUCCCUGAUGGACGAGAAGAACCAAAUGAUGACCACCAACGUGUGGCUGAAGCAGGAGUGGAGUGACUAUAAACUGCGCUGGAACCCGGCGGACUUCGACAACGUCACUUCCAUCCGCGUGCCCUCCGAGAUGAUCUGGAUCCCCGACAUCGUGCUCUACAACAACGCCGACGGGGAGUUUGCCGUGACCCACAUGACCAAGGCCCACCUCUUCUCCAACGGGAAGGUCAAGUGGGUGCCGCCCGCCAUCUACAAGAGCUCCUGCAGCAUCGACGUCACCUUCUUCCCCUUCGACCAGCAGAACUGUAAGAUGAAAUUUGGCUCCUGGACCUACGAUAAGGCCAAGAUUGACCUGGAGAACAUGGAGCACCACGUGGACCUCAAGGACUACUGGGAGAGCGGUGAGUGGGCCAUCAUCAAUGCCAUCGGCACCUACAACUCCAAGAAAUAUGACUGCUGCACGGAGAUCUACCCCGACAUCACCUUCUGCUUCAUCAUCCGCCGCCUCCCGCUCUUCUACACCAUCAAUCUCAUCAUACCCUGCCUGCUUAUCUCUUGCUUGACCGUGCUGGUCUUCUACCUGCCCUCCGACUGCGGCGAGAAGAUCACACUCUGCAUCUCCGUCCUGCUGUCCCUCACCGUGUUCCUGCUGCUCAUCACCGAAAUCAUCCCUUCCACCUCCCUGGUCAUCCCCCUGAUCGGAGAGUACCUCCUCUUCACCAUGAUCUUCGUCACGCUCUCCAUCAUCAUCACCGUCUUCGUCCUCAACGUGCACCACCGCUCGCCGAGCACGCACAAGAUGCCGCGCUGGGUGCGCAGCUUCUUCCUCAACUUCAUCCCGCGCUGGCUCUUCAUGAAGCGGCCGCCGGCGCUGCCGCCCGGCGCCGCGGGGCAGUACGACCUGCACGCCGCGAGGCCGCUGUCCCCCGGCAUCCUGAAGGCCCUCGAGGGGGUGCAGUACAUCGCCGACCACCUGCGCGCCGAGGACGCCGACUUCUCGGUGAAGGAGGACUGGAAGUACGUGGCCAUGGUGAUCGACCGCAUCUUCCUCUGGAUGUUCAUCAUCGUCUGCCUGCUGGGCACCGUGGGGCUCUUCCUGCCGCCCUACCUGGCGGGGAUGAUCUAG